GUGGGGUGGGAGUUGUCGCAUAACUGCUUCCGGGUUGGUGGACGACCUUGAGCCGUCAAAAGCGAGAUGGCGGUUCUCUUGAAGCUGGGUGUCCUCUGCGGUGCUCACGGAGGGCGAGCUCUGUUUCUCCGAACCCCAGUGGUCAGACCUGCUCUCGUCUCAGCGUUUCUUGAGGACCGACCUACCCCAGGAUGGAGUGGAACACAGCACAUUCACCUGUCACCAAACCGCCUUUCUAGUUCCAAGGCUGCAUCUCUUCACUGGACUAGUGAGAGGGUUGUCAGUGUUUUGCUCCUGGGCCUGCUUCCAGCUGCAUAUUUGAAUCCUUGCUCUGCAAUGGACUACUCCUUGGCUGCCGUCCUCACUCUCCAUAGUCACUGGGGCCUUGGACAAGUUGUUACUGAUUAUAUUCAUGGGGAUGCAUCGCAGAAAGCUGCCAAGGCAGGCCUUUUGGCACUCUCAGCUUUAGCCUUUGCUGGGCUUUGUUAUUUCAACUAUCGUGAUGUGGGCAUCUGCAAAGCUGUUGCCAUGCUGUGGAAGCUUUGACCUUUUUGACUUAAUAUCUAAAGAAUUGAUUAUAUGCCUAAUUGCCUCUGCUCUGUCAUGCCAUUCAACUCACAAUAAGGAGAAAAUAACAGAUAAGUUCAUUGGUGGACAGACCUUCUCCUAAUCACAUGGUUAUUUUAGAAUUUAAUUGUUGAGGAAAAGGUUUGAGAGGAAAUCUGCCCAAGAAAUUUUGAGACCCAGUUCUGCAUUCUAGUGAGUUAAUGGGUUGUCUUCAAGCUCAUGAGACUCACAGUAUAACUAAACUUUACAUAUGAGCUUUUGCCUUUUGUCAGUCUCUUAAAGAGAAUUCAGCUUUAUUAUUAUCAAUAUAUGGUCAUAUUUCUGCAUUCGUCUUGGAAAUAAUGUACAAAGGGAAAGACUGUUAAUUCAUGAGUAAAGACUUUGCAAAAAAGUAGAUAGUAUUUAAUUUUGGAAAUUUCCCUGUCUGUUCAGUUGAUAUCAGCUACUGAUGAUUUUAUGCCUAGGUGAACUUUAAAAUUAGGAGAUGCUAAAAAUCUCAGAUUAUAGAUUUCUAAAUCCUAGGAAGAAAGAUUGGAGAGCUUCUGAAUUUAGAGAUGCUCCAGUUAGAGAGGAAGUUUUCCUGGUAGGCAUAUCAGAAUAUUACAAAUUCUAAACAGAUUUAAUCCUCAAAUGUGUUUUACUUGUUCUAAAAUAAUGUCCACAAAUAUAAAACUAAAAAUAAUAAAUUAUUUUCCCACCGUGGGAAUUGGUAAUAAGAAAAAUAUUCCAUGAAAAGAAAUUUUUUUUUUU